CUUUGGUACAUUUUAAUAAUACAACAUUUGGAAAAACUAAAUCACUAUCUAGAAUUUGUUUAAAACCACACCCAUCUAAUAUUCUUAAUUUAGCUUAUUAUCUUCAUUGCGAGUAUAACGAAUCUGAUAAAAAUAAUCUACUAAAUAUGAAAACAGAAAUAAUUAGUAAAUUAUAUAAAACGGUAAUGAACUAUAAUCUUAAAAAAUAUCAAAAACCUAUUUCCACCCGUUGGUUAUAUCAAUUGACUAUAGCUAAACAAUAUUUAAAUCAAAAAGAUAUUCAUCUUCAAUUUUCAGAUUGUGAAAAUUUAAAUAUAGAAAUUCAAAUUAUAGCUCGAUUUGGUGAAUGGUUUUAUGAAAAAGUAAUAUUUUUUUUAAUUGGCAGAGAUACAAAUUUUACAAAUCUUUCAAACAGAUUUAAAGCAGGUGAAAUGCCAGAUAAUGUAGAACAAUGGAUAAAUGAAUUACAAAUAGCUAUUAAAAAUCUAGACGAAGUCUUUGUAGAAGAAUUGUUAUUGGCCUACGAAAUUUUAUCUGAAGAUGAAUUUAUUGAUCUAAUGAAUAGAAUUGAAAAUGGAUUAGUAAAAGCAUUAGAAGCAUUUAAAAAAUAG